AUGCCGCCCCUUCCAGGUUUUUCUGAUAACCCACUGAAGUCCCGAGAUGACGUGGUGAGGGCUACAGAAGCUUUCCUCAAGCCUCUGAUUCAAUACUUUUCUCUUGGAAAGGCUAGAAUCAAGCUUCCAGUUGCCACGGGUACUCACUUCGAUGAAAAUGCCGCCCAACUUGAGGGCUUCGCCAGGCCGUUGUGGGCUGCCGGGGCACUUUUGAUGAGCGGCGAUCCCAAUUGGGAACUCGUUCAACCUUGGAUUGAUGGAUUCGACGCUGGCGUUGACCCAGAUCAUCCAGAAUACUGGGGCGAUAUUCAAGACUAUGACCAGCGAAUGGUCGAAGCCGAGAUGAUCUCCUUUGUCCUGUUGGCAGCACCUCGACAUAUUUUGUGGGAUAGGCUUCGUCCCGAGACCCAGCAGAAACUUGUUACCUGGCUUUCAAGCAUGAACAAUAAGCUAGUUCAUCGAGCUAACUGGCUCUGGUUUCGGGUGUUUAGCAACCUUGCCCUUUCACGUGUGUGUAACGUUGAUACGCCGGACGUGCGCAAUCAAAUCGACGACGACCUGAGAGUACUCGACACAUUCUACUUGGAGGAUGGAUGGUCCAGUGAUGGCUUGUGGAGAACUCCUGCCAUAGAUGACGAGGAAUAUCGGAUCUUUCUAGAGACAGGCCGAGCCAACGCACUUCCAAACGGACGCAAUGCCUGUUUUUACUCCGGCAGUUUUGCAAUCCAGUUCAGCCAGCUGCUUUACAUAAGAUUUGCUGGCGAUCGUGAUCCUGCAAGAACAGCGAAGUAUCAACAACAAGCUCGAGACUUCGGUGCAGGCUUUUGGAGGUUUUUUGAUCCCAACGGCGCCGUGAUACCUUUCGGUCGCUCACUUACCUAUCGGUUUGCCGCCGCCGGGUUCUUUGCAGCUCUUGCUCUCGCAGAUGUACCGAACAUGCCGGCACCCCUGACGAGCCCCGGCGCUGUGAAGGGAUUUCUGCUCCGCCACUUACGAUGGUGGGCCAACAACUCAAAAGACAUUUUCUACUCAGAUGGGACACUGAACCUUGGCUGGGUGUAUCCAAAUAUGUAUCUUACCGAAGACUACAACUCACCACAAUCUCCUUAUUGGUGUCUCAAAUCACUUGUGGUGGUUGCACUGUCAUCAAAUGACGCCUAUUGGACUGACCCUGAAGUGCCAUAUCCUAAUGUUUCCACGGAUUCCGGUAUUAAGCUCCUGCCUGCUCCUCGGCAAAUCUUCUGUAAUCACCCGAGAGGCAACCACUAUUCCAUGCUUUCAACCGCUCAGUUCAUGGGAUUCGCGUUUAAAGGCCACUAG